AAUGGCGUUGACGUUCUCCCUCAGUCUCUUGCUUGAACGUAGGAUGGCAGCAGAGACCUUAGCAUGUCUGGACAGCGGACACAUUGAUAGGGAGUGGCCUGUUCAACUUCCAAGACGGUGAGUGAGGGUCGUAGAUGAAACAAAACUAAUAAUCUCGUAUCGAUCGAUUGCGUGACAUUUUUCUUUUUUCCUCUAAAUGUGGCGCUUUUCCACUCUUUAACUAAAUAUGCCCGCUAUUAAAAGCUUAACGGUGCUUUACGACGCGCUAAACGAGGAAGGGACGUUCUCCGAGGGGGAUACCAUAAGGGGGAAAGUAACGCUGGCCGUGGAAAAGCCGACAGCCGUGCAAAGCUUCUUCGUCAAAGUGAAGGGGGACGCCCAAGUACGCUGGACGACGAGGAGUGGAAACCACAACCACACGCACUCGGCAAGAUGUCGAUACUUCAAACUCAAGCACUUUUUAAUCGCGGAAAGUGCCAAUGAGACUGUUCUUCCCCCGGGUGUCCAUGUGUAUAACUUUAGCUUUACCAUACCAUCAACGAGCAUGCCUUCAAGCUUCAAGGGCACCCAUGGAAAAAUUCUCUACAUGCUUGAAGCCAAGCUGUCUCGAAGUUGGAAAGUUGACAAGACUGCUGACAAAAUCAUCAUUUUUCACUCCAAAUCCUUCCCACAUCUACAAUCUCUGAUGUUGAAACAAGUUGCGGUCAAAGACAAAGAGUUGGGGAUUUUCUCAAGUGGAAAAGUGCACAUGGAGGUCACUGUUGAUAGGACGGCUUACGCCCCAGGAGAAACAGCGGUGGUUGUUGCAAAAAUCAACAACAACUCUUCUAGUGACAUGACGCCCAAAGUGCGUUUGUCUCAGGCUAUUGUCUACACCGCCAGCGGUCGGACCAAACAUGAAAACAGCACUGUCAACAAAAUGGCCGGCCAGAAUAUUGGAGCCCACUCGGAGAAGGAGGUCAGGUGGGCUGUGAAGAUUCCCACUCAUCAAGAGCCGACCAUCAAAAAUUGUGAUAUUAUCUCCGUGGAAUACUUCUUAAAGGUGUAUCUUGACAUCAGUUUUGCCUUUGACCCUGAGGUAACCUUCCGGGUGAUGAUCAUACCUCCAAGCCUCGCAUCUGCAUCACGGCCGGCCGUUUCUGGGCCUGGCUGGGCCUCACACAAUAGUGACUUCCACCCUGCAGCAGCCAGCGCACCUCAUUAUCAUCCAUCCCCACACCGAUACUCAGGGGACCAAGCGUAUUCGGUAACUCCGCCUUCUUACCCAGCUAAUCCGUCGAGCCAUGCUGGUCCACCGGCCAUGAAUCCCGCGCCCAUGGUGUGGGGUUUCAAUCCAGAAAGGUCUUCGUACGGCUCUCCGUUUUUACACUCGUCGUCAUCUAGUGUCCUUCACCCUCCGCCGAAUCCACAAGCAUUUCAGCCACCCGCUCCAGCAUUCUCCCCGCAUCCGUCUGCCCCAUCAGCACCACCAGAAUCACACCCAGCUCCAUCUGCACCAUCGUACGACCCACCUCCUUACAUGAGUGCCACCAAUUUCCUGUCGCAAUCGGAUGAACCUCCUCCAGCCUAUUCACUUAUUUUCCCGUCCUCUACAAAUGAUGAGUCAAGGGAAACCAAAUAACACAGAUCUGACUAUAUGAAUCACAAACGCUAAAAUUUUGUCAAUGUAAGAGUCCUCAUAUGUCCAUUUAUUGUUUUUUUUUUAAA